UGCCUAGUCUGAUACGGGCUUUAGUUAUCGUAAACACCCGAGGUCUACAGAUGUACUGCUUCCUCCACAUGAGUUUGCAACUUUCUAUGCUAAGGGAGGUCCACCCCAUUCCCACCCCCACCCACCCACCUCCCGCGCGCGCGUUAUAUCGUUCCUAUUUGUAUGCUAAAAUCUGCAUUUGAAACUCCAAAAAACAAAAUCAUAAAGGAGCCGUCUUCUAUCAUGAAUAAACAAUCGAAGAAGAAGAAGAAGUCUAAACUACACGAAGUUGAUCUUAUAAAUCCACCAAAAGUACCGAAGGAAGUGUCGAAGGAAGCUUCAAGAGAUAAAGCAAAUGAGGAGAAGAGUAAAUGCGAAAUCAAAGAGGACAGUAGAAUAAAAGAUAUAAAUCCACCAAAAGAAGUACCGAAGGAAGUGUCGAAGGCAGCUCCAAGAGAUAAAGCAAAUGAGAAGAAAAAUAAAAGCAAAAUCAAAGAGGACAGUAGAAUAAAAGAUAUAGAUGAGAGUUCCGAAUCAGAUGAAAGUGAAAUGGAGGCAAAUGAGUCAACGAACCGAUUGCGCGUUCCAGAAUGUGGAUUUUCUUGGGACAGUAAAGCAAAAUUGACCGUUUCUACUAAUAUUGAAACGUCUAGCGACAACGAGGAGCCUGAAGAGGAGCCCAAACGGAAGAAGAAGAAGCUGAGUGCGGCUGAACGGCGGGAGCAAGAACGACAGAAGGAACGCGAAAUUCGCCAACGAGAGGAAGCUCUAGCGAGUAAUCAGACACCCAAUUCGAUCGAUCAAUUCGAUAGAUUGGUUUUAUCGAGUCCCGACAGCUCGCUAGUGUGGCUGCGUUACAUGGCGUAUCAUCUGCAGGCCACAGAGAUCGACAAGGCACGAGCUGUUGCGAGACGAGCCAUCAAAACAAUCAAUUUCAGAGAGGAGAAUGAACGGCUAAACAUAUGGAACGCGUGGCUUAAUCUGGAAUCCAGAUACGGCACCGCCGAAUCCCCGAAUGACGUUUUCCAAGAAGCCGUGAGGACGAAUGACGCGUAUAAGGUGUAUAUGCACAUGCUGACUGUACAGGCGGACGCCGGUAGAAAGAAUGAGCUCGAGAAAUUGAUCAGUACCGUGAUAGGCAAGUUCAAACAGCAUCCUCAGACGUGGAUAGACUGUGGUACUGCUUUGCUGAAAAUCGGCAUGAAGGAAAAAUCACGACAGAUCAUGCAACGGGCAUUGCAAUCCUUGCCCGCGUCUCAGCAUAUAAACCUGCUAGUAAGAUUUGCGAAUUUGGAGAAUAAACUAGGCGACCAGGAACGCGCACAAACAUUGUUCGAGAACAUUCUGAGUUCUUAUCCAAAACGCGUCGACGUUUGGUCGUGUUAUGUGGAUUGCUUGAUAAAAUCCAAAAACAUUGAUUUAGCCAGAAAAGUAUUGGAACGAGCAUGCGUCCAGACGCUUCCACCGAGAAAAAUAAAAACCCUCUUCACAAAAUUUAUAAAUUUCGAAGAAAAAUACGGUACAUCUGAGGCUGUAGCUCGCGUGCGGCAGAUGGCUGCGGAUUAUGUGGAAAAUCAUAUAUAAAUUGUAUAAUAUAAGUUUCUUUUUUUUUUCAUUAAAUAAUGUUAAUUUGACGCAUAUAUAAAAUGUCUCGAAUUUAAAUGUUAAACUUUGAGAGUACAUAGGAGAUUGAUAAGAAAAAAUCUUAAACAUUUGCUUAUUCUUAUUUUGUUUCAAAGAAAAUAAUGAACAAAAAUUUUUUAUUUAUUUACACUGGGUCCACAUAUAAUUUCUUUAAUUGAUAUUGUUAAUAAUUAUUUUUUUGUAAAUAUAGUUUUGUCCAUCUGUAUUAUUUUUGAUAGAAAUGAAAUGUGAUUGUAAAAUGACUUAGGAAACCAUUGUUUUUUAGUUCUCCUAGGCACUGUUGAAGUUUCAACUUUUAAAUUCGAGUUAAAUUUUAAAUUUGAUAACUUGUAUAACGAGUAGAAUAUUUCUCUAUCAAUUUUAUAUAUUUAAAAUUUGGUAUCAGCGAUGAGGUAUUACAAAAAGAUUGCAGGCCAUGGGUAAAUUUUCGUAACCAUCAAAUGGGCCCAGAGAUAAUUGAAAAGCGAUGACGUUAUCAACUUAGAUAAAAAUUUGCAAUUUUUAACAUAAAUAUUUGAUUGAUACAUUAUUCAAUUAUACUAUAAUAAUAUAUAAUUAUACUAUAAGUUCUAUGAGUUCAAUGCGGACACGACUAAACAAUGUGUGAAAAAGCCUAUCGGAGCUGAUUGGCAUUGAUUAGAGUAGAUCGACUCUCAUUGUCUGACACCCGACGACCCAUGACCAACCAAUCUGGUUAAUGGUGCUAUAUACUUGAAUUAUCUAAUUAGACCUUAAAAUAGAACAUAUGACGUGAUUAACCCGACAUGUCCCACAUAUUCUUUUUAAUUCAAAUGGACUCAAAAAAUCUGAAGCUCAAAUUCGAAAAUAUCGAAAUAAAUUUAUUUCUAUUAAUUUCAAUUAAUCUUUAUUUAUUGGGUAUAUUUCAGUAUUAACAAUUUGCUUUGCGAGACUAAGCGUUCUUUCUCUGUCAGAUUCUGUCGUUUCAUAUUAAAAUUGAAUAAGUAUAUAUCAAAAUUUGUGAUAAGAUCCAUAUUCUAAAUAAUUAGCACAUUUGUGAUGAAUCAUAAUUUUUAAACUACAUUAUCAUGGAUAAUUAAUAUAUGCUGAUAUUCUUCGUUCCAUUGAUCAAUCAAACUUUUCUUAAUACCAGUACAGUAAAGAUCAAUCUUUUCCAGUUUCGAACACUUCAAUAAAAUCUCGGAACAUAUGUCAGAUGGUACAAGUAUGUUUGACAAAUCUAAGUAUUUUAAGUUUUUGCACAGCAUCAGUGUUGUCAAAUCACGAUCGGUGAUUCCCUGAAAAUUUCCUAAGUUGAUAUUUUCCAAGUGUUGACAAGAAGAUAACAAU